UUGUCUAUCAGUUCUUCACAAACAAAGCACCAGUUUACUUGCCGAGAUUCAUCGUGUCGUCUUGCUGCGCGCGCCGCCUCCCGUUGAGAAAGCGUCACUGAUUAGAAUGGCUUCUAUUGUCUUUUGUUCUGUGUAGACUCGGUGUUACUUUCACUUUCACUUUGUGCUCAUUAAUAUUGAAGAAGGAGGAGGACAUUUCGUUUGAGUCUUCUUUAUGAUGAAAGCGGUGAAAAUGAAGUUUACCUUUAUAUUGCUGUCAGUCGGAUUGUUUUUAACGCACAAUGGUGUGUCUAGUGUUGAGACAGAUGUGUCAGUGUCAGUGAUGGAGGGAGAUUCAGUCACUCUACUCACUGGUGUUAAGAAAAACCAAGAAGACAGAAUCAGAUGGUACUGUAAUGACACUCGCAUCGCUCAAAUCAAUGGAGAUCCCAGUAAGACCUGUACAGAUGUUCAGUGUAAUGAAGGAACUGAGAGAUUCAGAGACAGACUGAAGCUGGAUCAUUAGACUGGAUCUCUGACCAUCACAAAUAUCACAAACACUGACUCUGGACUCUAUCAACUGAAGAUCUUCAGCAGCAACAGCAUCAGUGAAAAGACCUUCAGUCUUUCUGUCCGUGUGUUUGGUGUUGAAGAUGAAGUGGUGUCAGUGUCAGUGAUGGAGGGAGAUUCUGUCACGCUACGCUCUGAUGUUACUGAUGUACAUGAUGUGAUCGAGUGGAGGUUUCAAGGAUUUCUCAUUGCUAGAGUCAACAGAGAGUCUAAUAAGGUCUCAAAAAAGAUUACUUAUUAUGGAGGGUUCAAAGACAGACUGGAGCUGGACGAUCAGAGUGGAGAUCUCAAAAUUAAAAAUAUCAGAAACACAGACACUGGAGAAUAUAAACUAAAGAUUACCAGCACAGAAUCAUCCUCAAAGAUAUUCAACAUCACUGUUGUGUCUGAUCCUCGGUCUGAUGGAGUGACGGUUGUGUCAGUGAUGAAGGGAGAUUCGGUUGUCCUACACACUGGUGUUCCUAAAAUACAGAAUGACGAUGAGAUACUAUGGAGAUUUAGAGAUAAAGAUGUUAUUGCUAAAAUUAAGAAAGAUGAACACAUCCACUCUACAUAUGAUCAUAUUGCUGAUGGGAUAUUCAGAAGCAGACUGCACCUGAAUCUUCAGACUGGAAAUAUCAUUAUCAGGGACAUCAGAAACAGCACUUCUGGACUUUAUGAAGUUGAUUUCAAGAAGAGCAGCUACACCACACACAAGUCAUUCAAUGUUAUUGUCAGUGAUCAACUGAACAGAGUGCAAGUGAAGGAGGGAGUUUUUGUCACUUUGGGAUCUGGUCUUACUAAUGUAGAAGGAGAUGAUCUGGUUCAAUGGAGAUUUGAACAUGAAGACCAUGUCAUAGCAAAAAUCAACAAAACAGCUUCAUCAUCCUCUACAUUUGAUGGUGCUAAUGGAAGAUUCAGAAGCAGUCUGGAGCUGGAUGAUGAAACUGGAUCUCUGACCAUCAGAAAGAUUGCAGCUGAACACAGUGGACUCUAUCACCUCGAUAUCACUGGCAGCAAACACACCAUAUUCAAGAAAUUCAUUGUUUUUGUCUGUGCUGUUCCAGAUUCAGGUCUGUCUCCAGCUGCUGUAGCAGAGACUGUUGUUGGUGUUGGUGCUUUUCUGCUCGUGGUUGCAGCUGCGAUUUACUAUUACAACAGGAGAAGAAAUGGCAAGGAAAGAAAUGGAGGUCCUGCAGCUCAAUAGAAAUUCCAAGAGUGUGUGUGCUGACAAAAGCAUCCCAAUGGAAAAGAAAAAUUAAAACAGCAAGGGCAAAGGUUUGCUUUAGACAUUGGAGAAGACAAAAGAGCAGACUACCCCCCCCCCACCUCUGUGUCAUCUAAACUCUUAAUUUAUAGUUUAUUGUAGCCAACUUAUUUAUAGUUUCAUAAUUCAUAAACAGUUUUUUUAUGUUUGUAGGCUAUCUUUCACAGAUAAUAAUUACACAAUUUUAUUUUAUGCGAACCAGCGACACUACAGCAGCAUCAGAGCACUGGGUGUCUUAAUCAUGCUUAACUUUAUUUUAAUAUUAAUCGAAUUGGACCCAGGAUGAUUAUGAAAGAAAACUCUGCUGUUGCUAACGAAACUUUCAUGCGCUUCUAAUUGACAGAUA